AUGGCGGACGUGCUGGUGGACUCCCAGCGCCGCGUCCUCAUCAGCGGAUACGGGUACGGCCUCCCCCCGCAGCCUGCAGAGAGCCUGCUGCUCGGCCGCCUCGACCAGAUCGACCUCCGGGUACCUGCGGCAGCUGGAGGAGCAGCAGCAGCGCCGCCCGUCGCACGCCGAGCACGGCGCGCCGCCCCGGCCUGCCGCCGCGCGCCGGCGGCGCAGCACCAGCACACCAAGUCCAUGCCGGCGGCGCUGCAGCACGUGCAGGUGCGGGGCGACCUCAUGGACCGCCUCAACCUGCUGGAGUCCCGCAUCAGGCAGGUCAGCUGCGAGCUGGGCUUGGACGGCGGCGGCGGCGGCGUCGCCGGCAAGGCCGUCCAUCACCAGUUCGGGCUGGGGCUGGGGCUGGGAUCCUCCUCGUCCGUGCCGCCAGUCGAGGAUCCCACCACGUGGUCCGACUCCGUGCCGGUGGCGGUGGUGGACCCAGCUUUCAGCGGCGGCAAGGGAUUCCAGAGGCGGGCAAAAGUUGAAAAAUCUGAUCUUGUUGUCUCGUUUGAUUUGAAAAAGGUGAACAAACUGAAAGAAACGAAAUCCGCGUGCGAGAAGGAGAAGAGGAAGGCGGAGCGCAGCAAGUCUCUGACGAAGGCGGAGCGCAACAAGUCCCUGACGAGCAGGCUGUGGCUCAUGGUUGGAUGUAAGCAUUAG